CGGUCAGUUCAUCAGCAGAACGCAAAGUGCGACCGCCCGAGUCGGUUCGGAUUGUUUUUGGCUCCGUCUCCGUCGUCUCGUCGUCGCGCAAGGGUUUUUUUUCCUUUCUUGUAACUCGGUUCGUGUUUUUGUGUAAACGUGUGCCGAUUAUUGGUGCAGUGUUCGUGCGUGUUUAGUGUCCCUCGGUGUGGUGUGAGUCCUUUUUGAAUGUCGGAACCGAUCCGGGAAGGUGGAGUUUUGUGAAGAUUAGCCGAAUUCAGAUCGAAUUCGGUUGACUGUGGCCACACAUUUUGUUGGUCGACGGAUUUCGACGUCGGUUCGUGUGUUGGUGUGAAGUGGACUUGGUGUGAUCUUUUUGUUCUUUUUCCGGACGGGUGUGUGGAAAUCGACGAAUGUGCCAAGAGGAAAUUUCAUGAAUAAUGUUUUCAAUCGGUGGAACCCAUUGAUGGCCACACGGCGGUGAGUUUGUUCGGAAGUGAUUUAUGUUGGGCGUCGUAAGCAGGCAUUGGGGGUGGUUAAAAUUCGCAUAGGGUAGGCGUUACGCUUUUUGGGUGUGCGUAACCAGCUAACGGGCUGCUGUGAUGGAUUGUGAAAUCUGAAAAUUGUGCAAAUCGGCCCAGUAGGAGAAAAGGUUCUGCGGUUGCAUGAAUUGAUACAUCCCGUUGCGUGUAAUCGAGAAAAAGGUGAAAAUAUUACACUCACACGAACGGGCUUGGCCUUAUUCUUGGUGUAGUUGCAAGCUGUAUCCGAAUAUAGUGUGUCUUUACAUUCUCGUCUCGUUCCUCGUUGGAUAUCCCACGAAGACAUCAGCAAAACCAGAGGAGAGCAAGCAAAACUUGAACCAAAAUCAUCACCGUCAUCGUCAAUCGGCGCUGUGGAAAAUCAGCAGCACCAUCAUCGGCCAUCAGUAGAACUUGGUUGUCAUCGGGAGGGACAAAUUUGAGACGACCACGAAGACUACUAACUAAACAUACGUCAAAAUGGCGCAUCAAAUGAUGCCCCAGUCAGUGAACUGCUCACUGGAUGAUAUUGAUCUGAAUGCACUAAAGGACCCUGCUGGAAUCUUCGAGCUAAUCGAAGUGGUCGGAAAUGGAACCUACGGACAGGUUUAUAAGGGUCGCCACACAAAGACUGGACAACUCGCUGCCAUUAAGGUGAUGGACGUCACCGAAGAAGAGGAGGAGGAAAUCAAGCUGGAGAUCAACGUGCUCAAAAAGUACUCCAACCACCGGAAUAUUGCCACAUACUAUGGUGCAUUUAUCAAGAAAACGUCGGCCGGCAAGGACGACCAGCUGUGGCUGGUGAUGGAGUACUGUGGGGCCGGUUCCGUCACCGAUCUGGUCAAAUCGACCAAGGGCCAGAGCCUGAAGGAGGAAUGGAUAGCCUAUAUCUGCCGGGAGAUCCUAAGAGGUCUCAGCUAUCUGCACACGAACAAAGUGAUACAUCGAGACAUCAAGGGUCAAAAUGUGCUCCUAACGGAUAACGCCGAGGUCAAGCUAGUCGACUUCGGUGUUUCUGCCCAGCUGGACAAAACCAUCGGGCGGCGGAACACAUUCAUCGGCACCCCGUACUGGAUGGCCCCGGAGGUCAUUGCCUGCGACGAAAAUCGGGACGCCACCUACGACAAUCGGUCCGAUCUGUGGUCCCUCGGCAUUACGGCCCUGGAAAUGGCCGAAUCUCAACCCCCGCUGUGUGAUCUGCAUCCGAUGCGUGCCCUGUUCCUCAUUCCCCGGAAUCCUCCGCCGCGACUCAAAUCGAAAAAGUGGUCCAAAAAGUUCCACGGCUUCAUCGAUACGGUGCUAGUGAAAGAUUAUCAUCAACGGCCUUACACGGAGCAGCUCCUGAAGCAUCCCUUCAUCAAGGAACAGCCCACGGAGCGACAGGUUCGGAUACAGCUGAAAGACCAUAUCGAUAGGUGUAAGAAACGCAAACAGGAAAAGGAACGGGACGACUACCGGUACUCGGGAUCGGAGAACGAGGAGGAGGAUGUGCAGACGGCUGGGGAACCGUCGUCUAUCAUUCAGGCACCCGGUGGGGACACGUUGCGGAGGAACUUCCAGCAGAUUCAGGAGGGCCGGACGUUGAUGCAGGCCGCCGAACAGCAACAGCCUCCGAAUGCCAACCGGAACCAGAAACCGCAGGGGCGCGAUGAUCGGAGUAAACAGUCCUCGGUCGAAGAACCGGGCCCUCCUUCACGGCCAGCACUACCUCAACGUCUCAUCGUGGUACCGGAUCCGCCGCUUCCGACCAAUGCCAACGCCAAUCGUCCGCUGCCACCGACGCCACGCUCUGGCAGCGGUUCCUCCAGCCAGCAGCAGCCCGGACCACAAUCCGGGCAGCAGCAGCAGCCAUCAUCACAACAGCAAACGCCGCAACAGCCACCGCGAAACUCCCAGAACAUGUUCAAACCAAUGCUGCCACCACGACGACCCGAGGAUUUGGACAUGUUAGCCGCACAACUAAAUGAAUUGGGCGUCUCCCAACAGUCGCAACAGGCGCAACCGGAAGCGCCUCCCCGGAACAAUCGGCAGCAGCAGCAACAGGCCGGAAGUAGUGGCGGUGCGGGUGGCAAGCCAGCAAUGGCCGCCCCCAAUGGCAAUAACAAUAACAACAACAAUCACCACCACGCCGCGCCGAUCAACCCACUGGAUCCGAUCGAAAGUUCCGACUCGGACUCGGAACCGGAAGAGCCGAACGAUCGGGCACGCAACGACGGUACGCUGCUGGCCAGCGAUCCGCCCAAACCGCUUCCCGAAUUCUCCUAUAGGCCCGGCGGGCUCGGGGUGCUAGUCGAGUCGGACCAGAACAACCAAUCCUCGACGACGACCCCCGGGGGCAGCAACAGCAGCGUGCUCUCGCCCCCCGGCUCCGGCAGUGGAGGACCCCCGAAUCGGCCACUCCCGCCGACGCCGGACGACGACGACGCCCAGGGUGACCGGACGCUGAUCAAACGGAUUUUUAAUCUCAAGUGGAAAAAUUUCGAGAUGCAAAACAGCUAUGACAAUAAGUCCACUUCCUCGAUGGGAACAACGACGUCGUCGGCCUCCACCGGAUCAACGCCCUCGGAAAGCGAAGAAGCCGUGCUACUGCGGGAUUGGGACUUUGAACGAUUCUUCCCGUCCAACGAACGUCCCCGGCCAAACCAAAGGCACUCGAUGUCCGACAAAUCGUCCUCAUCUUCUCCAGCCGACUCCAGUAACAAUCGUAACCACCGCCAGAAUGCCCUCGGCAAGCUCCGAAAGGAUCAUGCUAACAAUGAGGUCUCCAAUCUGGCCUAUGCCGAGAAGAAGAAGGUCGAAGAGAUGAACAAUAAAAUUCGACUGGAAGAGCGGGUCAAAAGUGAAAUCUUUGCCCGCCAAUACCACAAACAGCAAUCUCCGGGCAAAUCUAGCCCUGGCAAAACCGUUCCUACGUCCACUAACAGCCCUCAUCAUCAUCAACAACAACAACAGUUCCUUCCACAAUCUCACAAACGUCAAGAGUCUGACUCCAAGCUGUCACUUAACUUCGUCCGGGGCUUCCGGCGGGAGAACUCUGAUUUCUUCCCCCUGUCCAAGCGCCACUCGGCCAUCCUAGGGGAACAGAGCACUCCCGGAAGUACCAACGGAUCGAAGCAAAUGUCGGCGAGUGCCAUCCAGCAACAGCAACGAUCUAGUGCCAUUUUCUCACGUAACCGAACCAAAGGUGAACCCAUCCUAACCGACUUUACCGUUACCAAACGAGGUGACGACGACCGUCCCAGAACUCCCCCUAGACCGGCCGCCGGAGUAUCUCAACAAUCGCAGCAGCAGCCACAGGCCCAGAACCAAUCGUCGUCCGGGGGAUCCAAACAGUCGGCACCCACCGCCCGAAAUCUAGACUUUCUGAGGCCGCGCAGGGAAAAAACUGAAUCGGUGAUAUUUGUGCGAAAUUCCCCAUCCCGGCAACAACUGUUCGAUAGCCAGAAUCGAGCCGGAGAGAAUAGCAGUUUAGGAACGCCAGGCCAGAGGACCAGCAGCGUCCUUCCGGAUCUACUAAGUCAGGCCUCGCCAGCGACGCCGCCCCGCCACGACAAAUCUGCCAGCGAAGAGUAUCGGGCAGCUGUCAAUUCCUCCGUCCAUUCCACCCCCUCCAAGUCCUUCACAGGGGGCAUCAACAACAACAACAGCAACCAAAACAACAACAACUAUAACCAGCACUAUCCCAGCAACAAUAACCAAAAUAACCUUAACCAUAGUAGUAAAAACAAUCACAACAACAACAACAACAACAGUAGUAACCAUCUGAGUUACAACAACAUCAAUGGCAACAACAGUAGCAACAGCAACAACAAUCUUAUCGGUGGCAACAGUAGUGGCAACAAUUCCUCGCCACACUCGACGGUGUCGAACUCAUCCUCUUCCUCCCACCAUAACAGUCCAAACCACUCGAUUAACAUCCGAAAUUUGAUAAAUCAUAUCAAUGUUUUACAUACCAGUAGUAGUAGUAGUAAUAUUAAUAACCACAACAAUCAUUUACUACCUCCCUAUCAACAACAACAACAACAACAACAACAACCAUCGCACCACCAACUUCAACAAUCUCACUCUCCGCUGCACAAUCAACAACAACCGAACUCGCUCAAUCCAUCGGCAUCGGCAUCCGGUGCCAUUCCGGUGUCGCCCUUUGCCCUGGCCCUGCAACAGAAGCAGCGGAGCUUCCUGACCUUCGGCUUCAGUGCCGGUUCCGGUGGGUCCGGUGCGGCCCGCCGGGAAAGCCACGUCAACGUUAACGUCACACCGACGUCCCACGAUGCUGCCAGCGAUACGCCCGAGAUACGCAAGUACAAGAAGCGCUUCAACUCGGAGAUCUUGUGCGCUGCCCUGUGGGGCGUCAAUCUGCUCAUCGGCACCGAAAAUGGGCUGAUGCUGCUGGAUCGAUCCGGCCAAGGAAAGGUCUACCAACUGAUAUCGCGGCGGCGCUUCCAGCAGAUGGAGGUGCUCGAGGGUCAAAACAUUCUGGUCACCAUCUCCGGCAAGAAAAACCGGGUCCGGGUGUACUACCUGUCCUGGUUGAAGUCGAAGAUCCUGCGCACCGACGGCAUGGGUGAUCAACAAGUCGAACGUCGGAACGGGUGGAUCAACGUGGGCGAUCUCCAGGGUGCCGUUCACUUCAAAAUAGUCAAAUACGAACGGAUCAAGUUUCUGGUGAUCGCACUGAAGGACUCGAUCGAGAUAUACGCCUGGGCGCCCAAACCGUACCACAAAUUUAUGGCAUUUAAGAGUUUCGGUGAGUUGAUGCAUCGCCCGCUGCUGGUCGACCUGACGGUAGAAGAGCAAACGCGACUCAAAGUGAUCUACGGCUCUGCAGAUGGCUUUCACGCAGUAGAUCUCGACUCGGCCACCGUCUACGAUAUCUACCUUCCUAAGCAUACUCAGGGUCCAAUAACGCCACACUGUAUCGUUACGUUGCCUAACUCCAACGGCAUGCAGUUGCUGCUGUGCUACGACAACGAGGGUGUCUACGUCAACACGAUGGGCCGUGUUUCAAAGAACAUUGUCCUGCAGUGGGGCGAAAUGCCAACAUCGGUAGCAUACAUCGGUACCGGUCAGAUCAUGGGCUGGGGCAACAAGGCAAUCGAGAUUCGUUCGGUGGAAACCGGGCACCUGGACGGGGUGUUCAUGCACAAGAAGGCCCAGCGGCUCAAGUUCUUGUGCGAGCGCAACGACAAGGUUUUCUUCAGCAGUGCCAAAGGCGGAUCGUCCUGUCAGAUCUACUUCAUGACGCUGAACAAGCCGGGAAUGGCCAACUGGUAAGCGGCAGCAAUCGCUGUCCCUGCCUCGCCAGUCCGGCCAGUCCUAUUGGGCAGGCCGCCGCCAGUGUCAUUCUUCAGUCAUCUUUUUUCUUGGGAGCGGGAAGCACAGAGUGUGGCGAUUCGGAUCAAAUCUCAAACGAGAUUAUCCGAAACUGAGUGAGCAAAUUGAGUGAAUGCGAAUGCUUUGUACGUUUGAAUGUGAACGCAUUAACCCUUAUAGGUACUAUAAUAUUAUAUUAACAUACUAGACGAGGGAAAAAGAAGCCGUAGGGAGAAGUCAUUUGAUGGUGUUUUUAACAAUCUCUUAGCCAUUUUUUGUGGUCUGUUGCGAAUCAUCCCUUGCGCGAAGACUCAUUAGGAAGAGAUAGAAGAAGGGAGUCACAUGUAGCGAAACGUCACGUAUCACUAUAGCAGGACAGAUCCAUUUAGUGGCACCAGGAAGUAAAAGCAAGUUAUAUAAAUUGUGUUAGUGAGAACAAGUGUAAAGUCGUAUAUAUAAAAUUAUACUGUUUAGGCGAGUAAGGCAAAGCAAGGUUCGAAUCGAGUAGUCCUUAUACAUAAAUAUUAGUAAAGAAUAAUGGUUUUCAAAUCCUUUUCCCAAAACGUCUAACUGAACAAAAAUUAUUUGAUGGAGCAUUGGCUCUCUGGAGGCAAUCGCCGAUAAAUUGUGGUAAAAAAUGUAAGCUUUCCAUGGCACCCGUAUUCUUUUUUUGUUCUUAGCAAUCCUAAUCAAAACUUAGAAUCCAUAAAUUAAAUACACACCAUAUACUUUUUAUAAAAAUGCGCUUAAUAAGAAGCAUUCGGUUUUGUUUAUUUUAAUAUUUUUCCAUACACAAACAAAAACGAAAUCAAUCAAACAGUUAAUCAAACUUAAUCAUUCACCUAUCGUCAAACAUCCCCCAUUAAAGAAAUAAAAAAAAAACACAAUACACACACAUACAAACCCAUACAACACGCAAAACACGAACUACAUUAGCACAGACUCUCAUACAUACACAUAUUCCCUUCUCGCGAAUUUGUAAUCGUAAUCGAAAUUAUUCUAUUCUAGAGGAUAUCAUUGCGCAACAACAACAAGAAAAAGUAGACAGCAGAGCAGAACCAAGAGAAGAAAGAGUAAAGGUUAAAAAAAAAUCAUGUAAAACAAAACGAAAUCCAUAAGUUAAUUGCAUAGGAGAAAGAGGAAGAACGGCAACAAAAACAAGUUUUAAACGUUUAAAAAAAAACAGAUUAAAAGGCAAAUAAAAAACCAACAACUAUUGAACAGGUGACGACA